AUGACCAAGGGAAUGCACAAAAAACCCAGCAAGAGGAUUCCGGCCAAGAGGCGGUACAAAAUUGAAAAGAAAGUACGCGAUCACAACAAAAAGUUGCGAAGGGAAAUGAAAAAGAAGACUUUUAAGAAAAAGGCCAAAGAUCCCGGCAUUCCCAACAGCUUGCCGUUUAAAGAGCAGAUUCUCAAGGAGUUGCAAGAGGAAAAGAAACGAGCCGAGGAGUACCGUGAAAUGGUGAAAACCCAGAUGAAGCAACAGAAACUAACAGAACGUGCAAAGCUUAAGGCGACCAGUGUUGCAGAUUUGGCCAAAAGUGCUGAGAUCCGAGGCAAAGAAUUUGAAAACAACAACAAAAACUCAGUAUCUUCCGACGGAACCACCAUCGUGGAAAAGGACACUUCCAACCUCAAAGCGUUCUACAAAGAGUUUCAAAAAGUUGUCGAAGCAUCGGACAUUAUUGUCGAAGUGCUCGAUGCGAGAGAUCCUUUGGGUACUCGCUGCUUUGAUGUGGAAAAUGCCGUCCUUAAAAAUAGCCCAAACAAACGCAUCAUCUUUUUGAUUAACAAAACCGAUCUAGUGCCCCGAGACAACCUGCACAAGUGGCUUAAGUAUCUGCGGAACGAGUUUCCCACACUGCCCUUCAAGGCGAGCACUCAGAACCAGAAACACAAUCUCGGCCGAAGCAAAGUCAACAUUCUGCUUAGCAAUGAUGAGCUGCUGAAAUCGAGCAAGUGCCUCGGUGCCGACGCGCUGCUCAAACUGCUCAACAACUACUGCCGAAAUAAGAACAUAAAGACGUCCAUCACAGUGGGCAUCGUCGGCUUUCCCAAUGUCGGCAAGUCCAGUGUGAUCAACAGUCUUAAGCGGAACCAGGUGUGCAAUGUCGGCGCCACACCGGGCCUCACAAAGUCCAUACAGACCAUUUCUCUGGACAAGCACAUCAAACUGCUCGAUUCGCCUGGUGUCGUUUUCGCAAAGAACACCGUCGUUGAGGGAGGAAGCGAUCACAUGUCGUCAAUUUUAGCUCUGCGCAAUGCCAUCAACAUUGACAACCUCGCUGAUCCUACUCUGCCAAUUGAAGCGCUUUUGAAUCGCAUCAACCGCUCCGAUUUAAUGACCUUCUACCGGUUGACUCACUUUGACACGCCCAAAGAGUUUCUCAACCAAGUAGCCAAGCGCUUUGGCAAAAUGCUAAAGGGCGGCAUUUUGGAUUUAAACUCGGCGGCCAAGAAGGUGCUUCAGGACUGGAAUUGCGGCAAAAUUAAGUACUACACUCUCCCGCCUGAUAACGCGUCCUCCACCAUCAGCGCUGAAAUUGUCUCUCAGAUGUCUAAAGAAUUUAAUGUCAAUGACUUUGUCUACGAAGAGCUGAUGAACACUGAUGAAACUGAUGAAGCCGACUUGCAGGAGGCCUUUGUGAUAAAAUCACUCGUUGAUGAGGAUGAUGGGCAGAAUGGAGUAAGCCAAAUGGAACAGGACGGAGCAUCUGUGGUAAACAGCAGUCGCAUUGUUCUCAACAACACUGUGAAGCCUAAAGCCAGCCAGUCUGCUAAUGACAAUGACGACGUUGAGAUGGAAGAACUCGAAGGGAUGCAGCUUAACAAGACCAAAAAGCUGCUUUUUAAAAAGGAAAAGAAACAGCGAAAGCGAGAUGCAAAACUUUCCAAUAAGUUUCAGAGUUCAGUCAACGUGCAGGAGGAUUACGAUUUUGAUGACUACUUCUAA